AUGAUCAAGAAUGUCGCAGUCUCAGAUGCCACCAUCUACUACUUCAAAUUUGAGUUGAAGACCCAGGGCUACACUGGGACACCUGGAGUUCAGCUUCGUGUAAAAUGCGGUGGUGGGUUGACUGGCCCCUUGGUGAGCUACGGGCUCGCGGUGAGGGUGCGGGAGGGAGACCGGGCGCUACUGCCCUGCGCUUUCUGCUUCCCGUGGAGCCGCAUUAUCUACAAAGUGCAGGGCUCCUGGCUCAUUAACGAUGCCUAUGGCGAGACAAAGACAGAGAACAUCGUCUACAGCUCAGUGAGCAAGACUAGCCCCAUAGAGGAGUACAGGGGGAGAGUGGCGCUGGUGGGAAGUCUGAGCUCGGGGAGCUGCUCCCUGGAGAUCAGAGACGCGUGGAAGGGAGACUCGAGGACAUAUUUUUUCCACGCCAACAGCGAUGGAACUAAGUUCAGUGGCGAUGCAGGAAUUACAAUUACAGUCUAUAACAGGUCAUUAAUUCCUGAUACUGAGGGAAGCAAGAGACGGAGGGAGAAAGUGGGGACACGAGCUACUCUGAACUGCAGAACCACAAGCUCCCAGCAAGCAAACAACUUUAAGUGGUGGAAAUACAGAUCAGAUGGUCAGUACGAGAGGUUGUCUGAGACGAGAAGUCACCUGACCUUGGAAGCUGUGGCUGUAAAACACGUGGGCUGGUAUGAAUGUGAAGCGUGGAGCUCAACAACAAACAGCGAAUAUUCAUGGACGGAGCUGCACGUUUUCUCCAUUCCCACGCGUGUGGCGCUCACCCCGGCCCCGCUGGAGUUGCGCGCCACCGAGCCGGCCACCCUGGACUGCAGCGUGGACGCCGUGUUCCCCAUGGACUCCGUCACCGUCCGCUGGAUCCUUGUCGAUGUCGUAAAGUGGACAAACUCAACCUCCCAGAGUCGAUCUCCAGACGGGACAUUUACCGUGACGAGCCGGCUCAGCUUCACCCCGUCUGCCGAGGACCAUGGAAAGAGAUAUCGCUGUGAAGUCUCGGGAGGCGACCUGGCCUCAACGAUGGUCCAAGAAUUCAUCUUGGUCGUCAAAUGCACCGGUGGUGGUGAAUUUGUCUCAGGACGAGAAGUGUGGGGGUGGAGGCAACCUGUGCAUCUUCUGUGA